AUGAACCCAUUUAAUUUAGAUAUUCCCUUUUUAACUGCAUCAAUUGCAUUAAUUAAUUUUUCAGCGAACUAUGUUUUGAUUCUACACCCGCAUAAUCGUAAUACAAUUAUUUUUACGGGCGGAAAUGGACUUUUCCCGGAUCGGAUAUGUGUCACCACCAAUGUUACGGGGAAUAUGGAUUCCAACCAAAUUGAACUAACACCAGGAAAGAUGAAUAUACCAACCGUUUUAAAAACAUCAAUAUGUGAAACAUCCAAAUCAACUAUUCUUGAUGCAAAUACUGAAAUAACGGGAAGGCUUUGA